AUGAUGAAAAAAAAGAUACCACUUAAAAAGAAUUUCCGUCGUCUCCUUCACUCAUUCAAAUCAUACUUACUUGAAUUGAAUCUAUUCAAUACUGGCACUCACAAUGAAAUUAACAUACGAAAUGAACGUCGAUCAACUCGUCUUUACUUAGUUCUUCUUAUAAUAUCAAUAUUGAUUGCAAUACAAUAUUACAGUAUUAUAUAUUAUCCUAAAACCAUUGUGCUUCAAUCUCCUUCAUUAAGUGAAUAUCUAACUGUCAAAGAAGAAGCAUCAUUACAAUGUCCAUGUACAAACAUAGCAAUAAAAUAUGAAAAUUUCACUCGAAUUAUACCUUUUUAUUAUGAAUUGUGUGAAAGCGAAUUUGUGUCAGACAAAUGGAUCAAUCAUUUAUUUCGUUUAUAUGAGCAAAGUUGGAAUAAAUCAGAUCAAAUUGAUUUUCGUCGAAUAGGUGUAUUUCAAUUUCAAACACUUCACUCUUUAUGUCAAUUAACGAAAAAGACUAUUGAUAAUAAUCUUCGAUCAUUCAAAUAUACAGAUUUUGUUCAAUUUCAACUAGUAUCACCAGAUAUUUUUCAAGCUCAGAUUAGUUCUGUUAUCAAUGAAUUCAUUCAUAAAAUAUCAAAAUCAUUCAUAAGAACAUUAAGUUUUAUGCAAGAUGUAACAGCACAAAGCUUAUUUAUGACAGGUGCCUCAAUCACUAGUGUUCAACCAAUCCUACGCUUAUUCAAUGGACAUAAAUUAGAAGGAUAUUUACCGUAUCCUGGAAUAAAUUAUACAUUUAUGGAUGGCACCAGCUGUAUUUGCUCGAGUUCUACUGCUACAAAUUGUAUGGGUCUUGCAAUAUUUGACGGUAUUGUUGUAUCUGGCUUUCAAACUGGCUGCUAUAUGUUAAAUGCACUGAUGAAUUCUACUCUUGAAGCAUUUUACAAUCAAACAUUCAUUGAUAUGUUGACCAAUUCAUCAAUAAAUUUAAAAACACUCAACACAUCUAAUUCAAACUGGACAAUUAAAAGGCUACUUGAUAAAAUGUUUGUUCAGUCUUGGUUAAAUCAAACAUCAUAUGAUAAAUAUUUUCAAAGUUGUGCACCUGAAUUAUGUUCUUAUAUAAAAAUGCAACAUUAUAGUGUUUUGGAUAUUCUCAUAUUAAUGAUUAGUUUAUUUCAAGGAUUACCAAAAACAUUAAGAGUAUUCGUACCAAUUUUCAUCAAUAGAAUAUGGCCAAUUAUUCGAAAAAAAAUCUGUCAAAAACGAUCAUCCACUUUGCAUAUAGCUGCAGUUAGAAUUACACCAGGUAAUCUAUAUACAAUAAACUAUUCUGUCGUCAGCCAAAUAUUAAUACUUUUAUUCGAUUUGAAUCCAACUCUUAUAUGGAUGAAAAACUCGACCUCGUAG